ACUCAACACUCCAUAAAGGAGGGUAAAUUAGUCAUUUAGGCACUCUCUCACCGGCCUUGACCAAACAUUGACCAUUGAACACAUGUUCCCCACUUCUCCGGGAAAUGUGUGCAUUUCCCAUUUUCCCAUUUUAGCCCUACGGAGCAUUGACCUCUGAUUUUUCUACUUCUUUUCUUUCCCCAUUCUCUCGCCGCCGCCGUUGUUCUGCUCCAAUGGAGAGAAUUACGCGCUUCCCAAUUUUCUGAUUAAAUUUUCCGGCGAAGAUUAAAGAGUGAAGAAAACCGUCGAAGGAGCUAGCCCUACAAUCUUCACAGAUCGGAAAAGGGCCGAAACCGCAGAGGAAAAAAAAAGGGGGUUUCGGGGAGGUGUGGGACCCCCUUUUCUCCGAUCGUGAAGUUUGUCCGGCGGUUACGCCACACGCGCUGUGUGAAUUUACAAGCACGAGAUUUUGUGCUGGUGGUUUUUUUGUAAUUAGGGAGGUCGGAAUGAGGUCGAAGAUAAUUCAUUUAGUGUUGGGGUUAAUCCUGGUGGUUCUUCUAUCUGUUUGUACAAUAAAGGCAUUGGCGUCGGAUGAUGGUUAUAAGCAGUGUGAAAAUACUGUCAAGAAAUGGGCAUCCUCUUCUGUUGAUCACAAAGUUCAAGAAGACAAACAUUCCUUACGCGAUUUGCUCUUUUUCCUUCAUGUACCUCGAACAGGAGGAAGAACAUAUUUCCACUGUUUCUUGAAAAAGUUGUACUCGAACUCCCAAGAAUGCCCACGGUCCUAUGAUAAGUUAAGAUUUGAUCCAAGAAAAGCAAACUGCCGUUUGUUAAGUACCCACGAUGACUACAGCAUGAUGUCGAAACUUCCCAAGGAGAAAACUUCAGUGGUGACAAUACUUAGGAACCCAAUCGACCGUGUUUUUAGCACUUACGAGUUCUCUGUGGAGGUGGCUGCUAGAUUCUUGAUUCAUCCCAACUUAUCAUCUGUUGCAAAAAUGGCUCAACGUGCACGUCGUAAGACUUCCGCAGUGAGCACACUAGAUAUAUGGCCAUGGAAGUAUUUGGUUCCUUGGAUGAGAGAAGAUCUAUUUGCUCGAAGGGACGCUAGAAAACUUAGAGGGCAAUCUCAUUUAGUGACAAACGACUCGUACGACAUGGAAGACGUAUUGAUGCCUCUACAUGAGUACAUUAACGACCCGAUUGCUCGAGACAUUGUCCAUAACGGUGCCACCUUCCAGAUUGUAGGUCUCACAAACAACUCGUAUUUCGGGGAAGCACACGAAGUCCGUCAUUGUGUACUUAAGUACCAUUCUCUCGGUGACCUUGUUCUUGAAGUUGCAAAGAGAAAGUUAGACAAUAUGCUCUACGUUGGACUGACUGAAAACCAUAAAGAAUCGGCCACCAUGUUUGCGAAUAUCGUUGGUUCACAGGUGAUAUCUCAGCACACAAUAUCAAGCUCCGGUUCAGAUGUUGCAGAAAAGAGGUCCUUGCUUUCUAGUACAAAUUCUGAUCUGACCGGUCAAAGCAACAGCACUCAUGAAACCCUAAAAAAUGUUUCAUCAACUGGCGAGGAUGAAGUAAGACGUGAAAAUUUGACUGUCGGGAAACUAAUGGAAGCGUACGAGUCAUGUAUUGCAAACUUAAGAAACUCCCAAGCAGAGAGGCGUGUAAAUUCUCUCAAGCGAAUUUCUCCAGCAAACUUCACAAAAGAGGCCCGUCGGCAGGUUUCGAAGAUUCUUAUCGAGGAGAUAGAAUCACUCAACAGCCUAGAUAUGAAGCUCUAUACAUACGCUCAACAUAUCUUCACAAAGCAACAGACACACGUGUUGCACAACAUGGUUUCUGCUCAGGAAAUUCAGACAAACACACAAUCGACAAGCGCGUAUCCGAUUUUCAACAACCCCCCUUCUUGGAAACUGUCUAUAUCCGUCACCGCUCUCUUGUUAGUUCUCUUCAUUUUUCUGUUUGUAAAUUCAAGAAGAAGAACAUCAAAAGUUAAGUUGUAAAUCUCAGUUGCAUUAUAGUAGAAGAAAAGAAAAGGUGCAGUAUUGACAAAAUAACUAAGUUUUUAGUCACUCCAGUAGUCCUGUUUUACUAUUCUACCCUUGUUUUACAGGGAUAUUAACAAGCCUGUCUCGCUAUUCCCAACGCCCCAUCCCCUCAUUUUUUUUUUCUCUUUUAGAAUAUGAGGAUGAAUAUUGUUUUU